UCAUGGCAUAUCCAUGACUUCACCAACCGAUUAACCACCAAAUCCCGUUCUCCCAUUGCCCUUGGAAAUGACCCCUUUCCCAUUUGCCAGAUCUCGGUCACGUGGGAUGGUCCGUACUGUGUUCGGCUUAGUCUCGGCGGUGUGGAGGGUUUACCGCCUUUGUUUCUGCGAGAGUAAAUUUUCCGAUCCUAAAGUCAUGUGAUGUAAGUCCCGGCCGCCCGGCAGAAAAAACCCGACGCAAAUCCGAGCAUCGAAAACAUCCGCAGCCAUACAUACAGAGGAGUCAUCCAUUGUCCUGGUUCAAGCAACUCAAUUCGCGCGAAUAAAAUGCCAGUCACAAUCCCGCAAUUCCUCAUUCCUAGGGGAGCACCAUCAGCCAGAACCCUCCGCACCCUCCGACACCACCGCAUCCCAGCCGCAUCCUCAUCUCCCCGCACCCUCACCACAACCCCAAUCUCCCACUCCCAAGAGAACCAAGACCCCUCCAAACCACGCAUCCUAGUCCAACCCGACAAAUUCCGCCCUCCCUCCCAUCCCGCCCGCCGCGUCGUGCAAACCCGCAAUGGCAAAGUCAACGCAGGACCCGUGAAUUACCCGGGCCCGAAGCCCACGGAAAAGGAAAAAGAGGAGCAGAAGACAAGAGAGUAUCCGAAUAUGUUCCCGCCAGAGGGUACGGUUAUGUUUAGGUUUUUGACGAGUCGGUGGAUUCAUGUUUGGAUUGCUAUGGGUAUCCUAACAUCCCUCGCAACAUUCACCUUCACCACAAACUUCAAACGCACCUCUCCCUACACCCACCUGUUACCAUCCUGGUCCAACCUCCUCUCGCACCCCUUCGACACAGUCUCGCAAGCUCUCUCCGUCUACCGCAUGGACGUGGAGCAUCGGUCCAUGAUGACGCGGGAAAAGCGUCUGCAGCGCGUCGAGGACGCGGAGAAGAGGAGGAAGUAUCGGGUUGCGCAUGGGAUGGAGGAGGAUACGCGGAAGGAGGUGGAGAAGAAGGAGGUUGUUGAUGAUCAGUCGCCUGUUGCGCGGGAUGUGCAUGGGAAGGAGGAGGCUUUUGUUGAUUGGGAGGGGAAUCAGAAGCCGGUUAAGAAGUGGUUUGGGAUUUGGUGAUUUGAGGUUUGGGGAUGUAGGGUCUCGCAUUACUCGUGAGUGAGUCGGUCGAAUGGGAGAUGGGGAUGAUUAGAUGGAGCAGACUUGAACUUUUCUGUACUAUUAUUUAUGUACAUACAGC